GCACGCGGGCCCGUCCGACGGCAGAGGUCUGUGCACCCUGGUCAGGAAGGGUCUCACCUUCGUCGAACAUCGACUAAGCAACGUCAGGAUCGAACACACGCUCACCGAACUCAUACCGACCAAGCAAAGAAAAAACAGCAUCUUCAUUUUGAAUAUCUACAGUAACCCAUCGCAGAGACUGCAGAGGUUCAAAGCCAUUCUUCACAAGGCAAGCACGACGGCCGGCCAGAGCACGCUGGUCGCGUGCGGCGACUUUAAUGCUAUGGAUCCGGCGUGGGGCUACGUCAAGAGUAAUGCGAAAGGCAGAAACCUAUCCCACGAUGCGGCGGAGCUCGACUACACACUCAUAACCGACCCGGCUCUCCCAACGAGAAUGGGCAACUCCGUGUCCCGAGAUACCACCCCUGACCUCACGUUCGUCAAGAACAAUGAACCGAUCACGAUCACGUGGAGGAACACGGGGAUGGACCUCGGCAGCGACCACAUGAUAGUGGAAAUCGUCAUACCGGAGCAGAGCAGUGCUAAUGUCAGGAAACAUACGUGGAUCGAUUGGACCGCAUUCAGAGAUAACAGAAAUCAGGAGGCGGAAGAAGAGACCGAAAUUGAUGACAUCGAAACAUGGACCAACAAGAUCAUUCAAGACGUUCAAAACUCAACCAAGAACAUAGAAACAGACCUCGAAACGAACACAAUGGACAGCCGACUGGCACACCUCAUCGAGGCCAAGCAGUCCAUACUCAACAGAUGGAAAAAGCUACGCCUCAAUCGUAGGCUACGGAAAAAAGUCGCAGAACUUAACAGGACAAUCGAGGAAUACUGUCGCACGCUAUGCGCCCAACAAUGGGACGAGAUAUGCAACGCCGCCGACGGACAGAUGCAUAACGGGAAAACGUGGAACUUGCUUAGGCAUCUGCUCGACAAAACUAAGACUAAGUCACACCAAAGAGACCGACUGGCGAAACUCAUCCAUCGAGAGGUCACUAAACACGGAGCCGAGCAUGUGACGAAGCGCAUCAGCGACAGAUACCUGCCGACUACUCCAACGGAGUGCCACGGGCCGUACGGGGGGCUACGCAACGAGCGUCUUGACAGAGACAUAGACGUAGAGGAGGUUCGCACGGCGCUGCAAGACCUCAACAGCAAGUCGGCGGCCGGACCGGACCGCAUCACCAACAAAGCACUCAAGAACCUCGACGACAAAUCCAUCGAAAGUCUCACGAGCUACUACAACAAAUGCUGGAAAACGGGAACGCUGCCGACGCAGUGGAAGAAGGCCAAGACUAUCCUGAUCCCCAAGCCGGGCAAGCCACCAGACACCGACAACCUCCGACCCAUAUCGCUCACGUCUUGCAUGGGCAAGGUGCUGGAGCACGUCCUGCUCAAGAGGUGGCAGGAAUACCUCGAGAAAGAGGACCUCUACCCGGAAACGAUCAUCGGCUUCAGGCAGCACCUCAGUACCCAAGACGCAAUGAUUCAACUCAAGCACCAGAUCAUCGACGGCAACACCAGCGACAACAAAGCGAUAUUGGGACUCGAUCUGCAGAGCGCCUUCGACAAGGUGAGGCACUCGGCGAUCCUAUGCCAAGUCUCGAAACUCAACAUGGGAGAGAGAUCAUACAAAUACAUCAAAGAUUUUCUCACGGACAGAACUGCCGAGCUCAGAGCGGGGGAUCUCCAAGCGCAAGAGAAGAAGCUGGGAAGCACAGGCACACCUCAAGGAUCAGUCAUCUCGCCGAUGCUUUUCAACCUGGUGAUGAUAGGAGUGGCCGAAAGGCUCGGAAACAUCAAGGAAGUUCGACACACGAUAUACGCGGACGACAUAACGCUGUGGGUGGAAGGGGGCAGCGAUGCCCACAUCGAAUCCACUCUACAGGCGGCUGUCGACGCGAUCGAAGACCACCUUGACGGAACGGGGCUCAGGUGCUCGCCGAGCAAGUCGGAGCUCCUUGUAUACCCGCCCGUCAAGCACCGCAAACCCAAGAGCAGCCCGAGAAACUACGAGGCAAUCAAAGUGAAGAGCAGAGAAGGAAACGAGAUCCCAAGAGUCACCAAGAUCAGAAUCUUAGGAAUGACGAUCGAGACGCACGGCAGAAACGGUGACACUGUCACCCGGCUCAUAGCGAAAGCGGCAAACGCCACGAGACUACUCAAGCGAGUCACGACCAAGAAAAGUGGAAUGAGGGAAGAGAGCCUGAUCAGACUCAUCCACUCGUUUGUCAUAUGCCACAGUGUAGCGUACGUGGCGGCCUACCACAAGUGGAAGAAGAGCGAGAGAAACAAGAUAAAUAUACUCAUCCGUAGGGCCUUCAAGACGGCAAUGGGACUGUUCGAAACAACGAGCACCAACCGCCUCCUGCAGCUGGGGGUGCACAAUACGCUAGAGGAGAUAGCGGAAGCCCAACGCAACGCUCAACUCGAAAGACUAUCUACGACCAAGGCCGGCCGGAAAAUCCUGGACAACCUGGGAGUUGGCUACCAAGGCAGGGAGCGGACGCAGCUCCCCAUCCCCGAUGAGAUCAGGAACAACAUCAGAGUGGACUCUAUACCGAGGAACAUGCACCCGGAGUAUAACAAAGGGAGGAGAGCGGCGAGAGCCAGGGCCCUGAUAGAUCAGCACGCGGCCGACGGACACGCACGCUACGUGGACGCGGCUGAAUACGCCAAGCUACACGGUUUCACGACAGUUGUCGUCGACGCGACCGGCACCGUUCGCACGACCGCCAGCACGAGAUGCACCAAGGCAGAACAAGCGGAGGAGGUAGCCAUCGCCCUGGCCAUCGCCGACCGCGACUGCCACACGGUGCUGUGUGACUCGAGGCAGGCGGUGAGGAAUUAUGCCAAAAGCAUGAUAUCGAAGGAAGCGGUGCGCAUACUGCAGUCAACCAAGAACGACGGCGGCAGCAAACAAGUGAGAAUCAAAUGGUUCCCCGCGCACGCGGGCGAGGCGUCGGAUCGAAACGCCAACCACAACGAGACAGCACAUGCCGAGGCGCGCGCGCUAACGGACCGCGCCUCGACCGACUGGCCGCUGUGGUUCAGCACCAAGGACCGAAUGACCGACUACAACGAGAUAACCAAGGCUUUCCGCCUAGCUCGCAGAACUCUCCCACCACCUUGCUCGGGGCUCAGUCGAGAACAAGCCGUUUUAUUUAGACAGCUGCAGACGGGCUCACUCCCCAGCCCGUUGCUGAUGCAUAGAAUGUAUCCCGAGGCGCACCCGACAGACAAGUGCAGAGUCUGCCGAAGGGAGACGGCCGGCUUCGCACAUAUGCUGUGGGAUUGUAUCAAGUACCCGGAAGAAUCAAAGUCUGGGAGCAUCCCGCUGCGACUUGAAGCAGCCGCAGGGAGCGAUAAUCAAGAACAACAACUCUGGGCCGUCCAGCAGGUCAUCGGGGCGCUGGCCCGGCAGGGACCCAGCGCCCAGAAGACGAUGUAGGCCCCGUCCGGAGCGCGCGCGCAAGCGCGCGUUUUACUGCAGGCUAAAAUAAAGUUUACC